AUGAAAACUCAUUAAAUUUAUCUUAUUUUCAUUUCACUAAUCCUACUUUUGUUAGGUUCUUAUAUUAUAAUUUCAUCAAAUCAUCCAAAUAAGACUUCAAGAGAUUUUAAGGCAUGGCUUUCUACAAUUCCUCCUAAUCCUUGGGGAGACACAAGUUUAAGAGCAUUAAUUAGAAAUCUUAAUGGUGUUGUUACUGUUUAAUAGCAAGAUUCUUGGCUUGAGAGCAUUACUGAAGCAGCAAAAUCUUUCCCAGAUUUUUGCAAUAGUGGAGAUGAAGCUAAAGAUAAAUAAGAAUUCUCAGCAUUCUUAACAAUUAUUGGUUAUGAAACUUCAUUUAACUCUGCUAAUGGUUUUCCAUGCACAAUUGAAAAUGGUUGUCCUAAUUGUGAUGUUUGUUCUUAUAAUUCACUCGGAAAAGAGUGUUUAGAAGAUGACCUUAAGUAAUACUUUGGCAGAGGUCCUUUGCAGCUUUCUUGGAAUUAUAACUAUGGACCAUUCUCACAAUAUUACUUUCAAGAUGAUAGAUUGUUAAGUAAUCCAAAUAUCUUGACAACAAAUUAAACCUAUUGCUGGGCUAGUGCUAUUUGGUUUUGGAUGACAAAAUAAAAUUAUGGAGGUUGGUGUAUGCCUUAAGUUGCAUGGCCAGGCAAAAAUUAAUGCGAUUUAGAUUGCCCUAACGGACCCUCUAGUUGUAAGAAUAGCUAAUGUACUUCAAAUCAUUGGAUGGAACUUUAAAACGCUAGUUGUCAUGAUGCUAUUCAUACAGGUAAUGGAAUAGGCUAAGUAAUUAAUAUUAUUAAUGGACUUUAUGAUUGUUGUCCCUCAAGUACUUACUUUGCUUAAGGAGGACACACAAUAGACAGAAUAUCAUCUUUUGUUUAAAUUCUUGAAAAUUGGAAUGAGCCUAUUCCAUUUAAGGUAUUAAAUCCUGCUCCUAUCUAUGAUUGCCCUAUAGCUCUUAAUCACGUAAACUGCUAAAAUAUUGAAUAAACUGGGUCAUGCAGAGCUAUGUGA